GGUCCUGGGUGCCACCUGGGAGGGCUGUGAUGGGCGUGGACCCCGAUUCUUCGCCCUCCUGGACGAUAAGCCUUACACGAGGUAUUGCUAUACCGUCGGAGCAGCCGGAGGACUUUGGCUAGGCCUCAUGAGUGCAAUAUAACUCCAUACGGAGACGAAGGGAUUCCCUGCACUUACACGACGAGUCAAGGGGAGAUCGUUACGAUUGGUCAGGAAGCCUGACGGUAUUCUCCGUGACCUCUUCGUAGCCUAGCCCGCCGGUAUGUGUACCACCGUCCGGUGUCAAUAUCAGUGGACCGCGGUGUGCCAAAUCCGGACGAUACGUAUGAAAUAUAUUCCUUGUUCGCCUCAGGUCUAACGAUGGUACGAAAAGGGCAGAGUCGAUCGGCAACGCGGUAGAAGGGGUGAGCCGCUGUGGAACUCCGACGCAGUCGCCUCGGAACAUCGCGACGUCGGUCUCCACGAUUCAGAACAAACGGCACGUCUCGUCUCGGUCAACUCGCCGUGGAGGGCGACUCCGAUUCCCGGAAGUAGCCGCUCAUGUGUAUCCCACGUCGAAAGAGCCAUUCGUUAGCGACCAACGAAUCGGAAGCCUCGACACGCUCUCCUAUCGCCGACGCCUCCUGGCCGAAUGUCCCGUACCCUCGCACGUCUCGUUCGCCUGGACGCAGUUCGAACUGGCAAGCGACCGAGUGCGCGCAACGUCCCACCGCGAGCUACUCACUCAACGUUUGCGCAUAUACGAUGGUGUUCUGCUCAAAGUGCGGGUUCGAAGGGACGAUUGAAUUCGUCGAAGCGCACAUCGCUAUCGCUCACCGAGAGAGCAAAGUCUAUAUAUAUCCGACGGCGGUUAGGCCGAUGGACGUUACGAAGACGGCUGCUCCCUCCUGCGCUCCCUCCUUCCCCUCGAAGACAGCUGCUACACCCGGCCCUUCCUCCUUCCAUCUCACGACUCCGGCCGAGCAAAUCGUCCUGCCUCCUUGCUCCUCGAUAUUGGACCCCGCGCUGUGGUGCCCACCGCCUCCUGGACCCGUGGCGCCGGUUGCUCCGAUCAGGAAGUUGAGCUGCGAGGCAGCGGGCCGCGAUUUCCACGAGAUCCUUGUUCGUUUGUUCCCGUCAAUUUUCGCGCACGGGGGUCAGGAGGAUCCCGCCUACGGACCAGGCCAGGGCGCGUCUCACUACCGGACGCACACCGACGCUUGACCUCUUGUCGUCCCGAACAGCAAUGCUCUCCCUCGGUGCUCCCUGGUUCCAUCAGCCAUACACCGUUUCUAUUAUCAUCUUCGGCACCAUACACGACGGGCCAUGGACUUUUCAAAUCUCCGUCUCCGCACUAUCGUAUCGCGUCUCUGAAAUCGGCCGUGAGCGUCGGUAUCCAUCGUAGUUACUUUCCGUCUCACCUGUGAUAUCUCCCGUCGCUUCCUCGUUCUACUGCCGUGUAUGCGUUGCAUUU